AUAGCAAAAUCAUCCUCUCAGAUGUAUAUAUAUUAUUUACAAAUGCUUGGUUUUAAUGUAACAAUCAGGAUAUUUAUAAGAUAUUUUAAUUAGUCUCUCGUGUUUGUUAGACACUAGAAAUUAGUAAAUUUGUAGAUUGAUUUUUUUUGUUAAAAUUUGAGAUAUACAUUGAUUAAUUCAUCAUUUUAGUUAUCAACAUGGUCAUCUACAGAUUUUUUAAAUCUCCGGGCUUACUAACAGGAAAGCUAUCAUCAAAGCUAGAAGCAAUCUCCCAAAUUUCACCAUUAAUCAGCGACCUGGAAUCAGAGUUAUGCUAUUAUAUCGAAAGCUCAUCACCACUAACAGAUAAAGAAUUGGAUAUAAUUAAGUUUGUACUCAAUUCACCAUUCAAAUCUUCAGACUUUCAAGUUUCAAGCAAUUUGAACCCAUCAAAGCAUGAUUUAAUAAUCGAAAUAGGACCAAGAUUAAAUUUUUCAACAGCAUUUUCUAGUAACGCUGUGUCAAUAUUUAAAUUCACGAAAUUGGACAAAAUAUCUCGAGUCGAAGCAGCCACACGAUACCUUGUAAAAUGUCAAAAUUCAAUAAAAGGUGUUCUGGAAGAGCAAAUAGUUAAUGCUUUGCACGAUAAAAUGACAGAGUGCCGCUACUUAAAACCUCUGGAAACAUUUGAUCAUGGUUUUAAACCAGAAAAUUGGUACGAAGUUGAUAUAUUAAAACAUGGACGACAAGCUCUAGAGCAAGUAAGUGCAACAUUAGGACUUGCAUUUGAUGAUUGGGAUCUAGAUUAUUAUACUAAUUUGUUUAAGAAUGUUUUAAAAAGAAACCCAACUAGUGUGGAAUGUUUUGAUUUAGCUCAGUCUAAUAGUGAACAUAGUCGUCAUUGGUUUUUUCGUGGAAAAAUGAUCAUUGACGGUGAAGAACAACGAGAAACCCUGUUUAGCAUGAUCCAAGAUACUCAAAGCUGGACAAACGGUAAUAAUGUAAUCAAGUUUAGUGAUAAUAGUAGUGCUAUUAAAGGUUUUCGAGCACGGACUAUAAUUCCAAGCCAAACCCAUCAAGCUAGUAAUUUUAAAUUCGAUGACAUCGAACGACAUUUGAUUUUUACUGCUGAAACACACAACUUUCCGACUGGAGUAGCACCUUUUAGUGGAGCAACAACUGGAACAGGAGGAAGAAUUCGAGAUAUUCAAGGUUGUGGACGUGGAGGUUAUUAUAUUGCUGGAACUGCUGGAUAUUCUGUAGGAAAUCUUCUGAUUCCAGGCUAUGAUUUACCUUGGGAAGAUAAAAAUAGUUCAUAUCCAUCUAAUUUUGCUUCUCCUUUAGAAAUAAUUAUUGAAGCAAGUAAUGGAGCAUCAGAUUAUGGUAAUAAAUUUGGAGAACCAGUUAUUGGUGGUUUCGCUAGAACGUUUGGAAUGACUUACAAAGAAACACGAACAGAAUGGAUUAAACCAAUUAUGUUCAGUGGAGGAGUGGGAAUGGUAGAUGCUGAUAUGACGAAUAAAUUAGUACCAGAAAAGGGGAUGGAGGUGAUUAAAAUUGGUGGCCCUGUUUACAGAAUCGGUGUAGGAGGUGGUGCAGCUUCUUCAGUUGUUGUCCAAGGCGACAAUAAAUCAGAACUUGAUUUUGGAGCAGUUCAGAGAGGUGAUCCAGAAAUGGAGCAGAAAUUAAACCGAUUAAUAAGAGCUUGUACAGAAAUGGGAUCCGUGAAUCCAAUACUUAGCAUACAUGACCAAGGUGCUGGAGGCAAUGGUAAUGUACUAAAAGAACUCGUAGAACCAGCUGGAGCUGUUAUUUUUACUAAAAAGUUUGAACUUGGUGAUCCUAGCAUAAGCACGAUGGAACUCUGGGGAGCAGAAUAUCAAGAAAAUGAUGCCAUUUUAUGUAAAGAACAGGAUAUUGAUAUCCUUAAGUCUAUAGCAAAUCGUGAAAAAUGUCCAAUUAAUUUUGUUGGUAAAGUAACUGGAUCAGGAAAAAUUGUUUUAUCUGAAGAAGCUGAUUGUGAUGCUUCUAAAUAUCUUCAAAAUAAUCAAAAUACUAAUAUUAGACAUCCUGUGGAUUUAGAUUUAGAGUUAGUACUCGGAAAAAUGCCUCAAAAAGUGUUUAGAAUGAAUAGAGAAACUAUAGUUCUUGAACCAGUUAAAUUGCCAGCUAACUUAGAUAUCGGUAAAGCACUGGAGCGAGUGUUAAGAUUGCCAUCGGUUGCAAGCAAACGCUAUUUAACAAAUAAAGUUGAUAGAUGUGUAACUGGAUUAAUUGCUCAACAACAAUGUGUUGGGCCCCUUCAUACUCCUUUAGCUGAUGUAGCUGUGACUGCUAUAUCUCAUUUCUCAUUGGAAGGAAUUGCUACGUCAAUUGGAGAACAGCCGAUAAAAGGCAUGGUUAAUGUAGCUGCUGGAGCACGAAUGACAGUAAUUGAGGCAAUUUCUAAUAUGGUUUUUGCUAAAAUUAGUGAUAUUAAAGACAUAAAAUGCAGUGGAAAUUGGAUGUGGGCAGCUAAACUACCUGGAGAAGGUGCUAAAUUAUAUGAUGCAUGCCGAGAAAUGUGUAUACUUAUGAACAAGCUUGGAAUUGCAAUAGAUGGUGGUAAAGAUUCUCUCAGUAUGGCUGCUAGAGUAAAAAAUGACAUAGUUAAAUCACCUGGAACAUUAGUCGUUUCUUGUUAUGCGCCGUGUCCAAAUAUCAAACACGUUGUGACUCCAGAUCUUAAGUAUCCCAGUCAAGGUAAAAAAGGAGCACUAGUAUUUGUUGAUUUAUCGCAAGGAAAAAGUCGAAUUGGUGGAACUGCUCUUGCACAAGUGUUUAAUCAACUUGGAGAUAGUGUUCCUGAUGUUGAAAAUGCGGAAUGCAUAAUAAGAGCUUUUAACGUAACCCAAAGACUGAUAUAUUCAGGCUUAAUUCUUGCUGGACAUGAUGUGAGUGAUGGUGGACUGAUUGUUUGUCUUUUGGAAAUGGCUUUUGCUGGAUUAUGUGGUUUACAGAUUGAUGUAAAACAUAAGUCAUGUGAUCCUAUUAAUAUUCUUUUCGCUGAAGAAGUUGGAUGGGUUUUAGAAGUAAAUACGGAUGAUUUGGAUCACGUUUUAAAAAUGUUUGAAAACGACAAAGUGCCAGCAUUUCAUGUAGGAUCAUCUGAAGGGUUAGGAAUGUCUUCUGAAAUUAUGAUUAAAGUCAGAGGUGAUCAACUUUUCAAAUCACAGCUUUUGAAGAUGAUGAAAAUGUGGGAAGAAACUAGUUAUGAAUUGGAAAAACGUCAAACUAAUAUUCAAUGUGCAAUGGAAGAAUUUAAUAUGUUGGAAAAUAGAAAGAUUCCAUGUUAUAAAUUGAAUUUUAAUCCUGAUAUUGUAGCUCCGAUUGUCGAGCAAGCAUAUUUGCGCAGCCAAACUCGAGUCGCUGUUAUCAGAGAAGAAGGAAUUAAUGGAGAUCGAGAAAUGGCUGCAUCUCUGGCAAAAGUUGGUUUUGAAGUUUGGGACGUAACAAUGCAGGAUCUUUUGAAACAAGUUGUGACUUUGGAUCAUUUCCGAGGAGUUAUUUUCCCUGGAGGAUUUAGUUAUGCUGAUGUCUUAGGUUCUGCUAAAGGCUGGGCAGCUAGUUUACUUUUCCAUCCACUUCUUCGCAAACAACUUGAUGCUUUUGUUGAAAAACCAGACACCUUUAGUCUUGGUGUAUGUAAUGGAUGUCAGUUAAUGAGUCUACUUGGUUGGAUUGGAAGCAAACAAAAGAAUACUGAUAUUGUGUUAGAUCAUAAUAAAUCUGAGAGAUUCGAAUGUCGUUGGAGUACAGUAAAAAUUGAAAAAUCUCCAGCAAUAAUGCUUAAAGAAAUGGAAGGAAGCAUUUUAGGAGUGUGGAUUGCACAUGGAGAAGGCAGAUUUACUUUUAAAAAUGAUCAAGUUCUCAAAGAUUUAAAACAAAAUAAUUGCUUGGCAAUUAAGUACACUGAUGAUGAUGGAAUUCCUACAGAAAUUUAUCCUAUGAAUCCAAAUGGAAGUGUCGACGGUAUUGCUGGAAUAUGUUCAGUCGAUGGACGUCAUCUAGCAAUGAUGCCACAUCCAGAAAGAUGCACAGACAUGUGGCAAUGGCCUUACAUUCCUCCCAACUGGGAAAACCAAUUCUCUCCAUGGUUAAAAAUGUUCGCAAAUGCAUUUACAUGGUGUGAAUCAAACAAAUAAAUUAUUAAAUUUAUAUUUUUUACUUUAAUAAAAUUUAUAAAUAUUCUUAUAAUUUGUAUAAUAUAUAUGUAUAAUAAAUAUUAAUUUCAAAUA